AUGGCUGCGGGACCCAUAGCUGAGCGAAAUCAGGAUGCCACCAUCUACGUGGGUGGCCUCGACGAGAAAGUCAGCGACAACCUGCUAUGGGAGCUUUUCGUACAAGCCGGACCGAUCGUAUCCGUCCACAUGCCGAAGGAUCGGAUUACUGGAUUGCAUCAAGGUUACGGCUUCGUUGAAUUUCUCGGUGAAGAGGAUGCCGACUACGCGAUCAAAGUCAUGAACAUGAUCAAACUCUACGGCAAACCUGUCCGUGUAAACAAAGCAUCUGCGCACCAAAAGAACCUCGAUGUUGGCGCGAAUAUCUUCAUCGGGAACCUCGAUCCAGAAGUAGACGAAAAACUGCUCUACGACACAUUCAGCGCUUUCGGUGUGAUCUUGCAGACACCGAAGAUCAUGAGAGACCCGGAAACCGGGAAUUCCAAAGGUUUCGCAUUCGUCAAUUUUGCUUCUUUCGAAGCUUCUGACGCCGCCAUAGACGCGAUGAACGGACAGUACCUGUGUAACAGAGCGAUCAGCAUUUCAUACGCCUUCAAGAAAGAUUCGAAAGGCGAGAGGCAUGGAUCCGCGGCGGAACGACUCCUGGCGGCGCAGAACCCGCUCAGUAUCGGCGAUCGACCUCAUCAAUUGUUCGCAGACGCUCCCCCAGUCGAUUCGGAUGGAAACCCGAGCGCCGCUCCUCCACCCCCACCUCCACCUCCUCCUGGUUUCAUGACACCGAUGCCACCUCCCCCGCCUCGGAUGGUUCCUCCACCGAGCUUCCAAGGCAUGGGCGCUUCUCCGUUCGGGAUGAUGCCUCCGCCGCCACCACCGCUGAUGCGAGGGGUGAACAUGAUGGCAAUGGCGCCCCCGAUGCCACCCAAUAUGGCCCCUCCCCCGGGUCUAACUCCCACCAUGGGUCAGCUACCGUUCGGCAGACCGGCAUGGGAGAUGCCGCCAGCACCACCGAGGAUGAUGGCCCCACCGCCACCCCCUCCCCCGCCCCCUCCGAGUCAGUGA